CACAUUUCUCUCUGGAGUCUGGACUUCUUUCUAUACAUGGGAAACGAGACCGUUUCAUCUGUUAUAAAAAUCACCUUCUCGUUUCUUUCAUAUGCUAACGGGCUCCAAACACAAAUUCAGAGGAUUCAAAGACGGCGGAGGCAGAUGCAGCGAAGGCUAUGUCGUACAUGAAAGGAGACAUGCUCACCAGAACGAGAAAGCUCGUUAAGGGCUUGGCCAAGGCCGAACCUUCCUGGCUGAAAGCCAUGGAACGGGUUCCACCUCCAACAUUUCCUCGACCUGAUGGAAAAGUUAAGAAAAUUAGUCUCCCCGAGGAUGUUUAUAUUCGAAAGUUCUUUCUAAAGCAUCCAGACUCUAAACAUGAAGAUGCUAUCAAGAUGACCGCUUUUAACCCCCCUCCAGCUCGUGUAUUUGGUUGUCGGGUGCUUGAGUUGAAGGAAGAGGGAGUCAGUGAGGAGGAGGCCAUGGCUGUAGCCGAUAUGGAAUAUAGGGCAGAGAAAAAAGCCAAAAGGAUGGCAUAUGCUCGACUGAAGCAAAUUACUCGUCUUCAGGGGAAGAAACUUCCCCCUAACCCAUAUCCUAGUGCCAUCAAGGAGAUACAGGCUGAAGAGAGGAAAUACGUUCGUGACCGUUUCUUCGAUCCCAAGAUACUCAAAAUUGUGGAGAAGAUGAAAGAGGAGAAGGCAGCUGUGAUGCAGGACAGAAUGAGAGGUGGUGGCUGGUAAUCUCUUCGAAGUAGAAUUCAGUUAGAGGAUUGAACCAUUUUUUGCCUUUGGAACCUGAGCCCCAAUAAUGUUUUUAGGGAAAGCCAUUUUUGAAGGAAACCAACUAUCAAAUCUAGGCUCAGACCAUAUAUUUUUGUUGGGCUCCUGAUGAGGGAAACUGAUUGCAGAGAUGGGAGUGAACCUUAUUUGAUGGAAAGCAACACAAAUGCCCUGACAAAAAUUCUGUGCUAAGAAAUUCUUGAGGUCUAAGUGCACAAUUUGAAUUUGCUUUUUCUUCUUUGAAAAGCUGAAGUUUAUUAUAAAGGAAAAGAUUAUUCCUUGCCA